GCUGCUGCUGCUGCUGCUCCUCUGUCUUCAGUGUCUUCAGUGAGCGUGAGGGUGUCCACCUGUCCUUCCUGCUCCGUCCACAGCACCAGGUUCACCCAGACAAGACUAUGAAUACACGUUCAGCUCUUCAGGAAGCCAAACCUCCACUACAACUGCUCCUCUAACUCCAAGAUCCACCAUCCCAUCAUCAGACACCAUGGAGCCAAACUGCCACAGUGUGAGGAAGAAGAAGAGUUCCUGGACCAGUUCACCUCACUCCCCGUCUAUCUAGACGCUGCUCUUUCUCGACGUCUGUCACCUCAUGGCUGGAAUUCGGCAUCCGUCUGCGAACGCCGUGACAAACAUUUGAGGAAUCCGCCGUCCGUCUGACGGAGCUAAUUUAGAACGGACAAAACACAAGUGACCUCGUCGUAAUCAUGGGGAAAGAGCAGGAUCUGCUGGUGGCAGUGAAGACGGGGGAUCUUCUGCUCGCUCACAAGCUUCUCUCCAGAGUCAAGUGCAACAAAACCAAGUUACUCGGCUCCACCAAGAGGCUCAACAUCAACUACCAAGACUCAGACGGCUUCUCAGCGCUGCAUCACGCCGCUCUGACAGGAACCACUGAGCUGCUGUCUCUGCUGCUGGACGCCCAGGCCACGGUGGACAUCAAGGACAUCAACGGCAUGCGUCCUCUCCACUACGCGGCAUGGCAGGGUAAAGCUGACUCGGUGUCGGUGCUGCUCAGAGCCAGCGCUUCAGUCAACUCGUCCUCCCUUGACGGACAGAUACCGUUACAUCUCUCUGCUCAGUAUGGACACUAUGAGGUGUCUGAGAUGUUGCUGCAGCAUCAGUCCAAUCCCUGCCUCAGGAACAAGGCCAAGAAGACGCCUCUGGAUCUGGCCUGUGAGUUCGGGAGGUUAAAGGUGGCGCAGUUGCUGCUGAGCAGUAACAUGGUGACGGCGCUGUUGGAGGGUGACGGUGGACAUGACGCCGUGGUGGACUCUCCGUCCACCACGCCGCUGCACCUGGCCGCCAGGAACGGACACAAGGACAUCAUCAUGUUGCUGCUCAAAGCCGGCAUCGACAUCAACAGAGCCACCAAGGCGGGGACGUCUCUGCAUGAAGCCGCUCUCUAUGGGAAAACCGAAGUGGUGCGGCUGCUGCUUGAUGCGGGCAUCAACGUGAACAUGCGCAACACCUACAACCAGACGGCUCUGGAUAUUGUGAACCAGUUCACCACUUCAUCAGCCAGCAGGGAAAUCAAACAGCUGCUCCGAGAGGCAUCAAGUUCACUGCAGGUCAGAGCGGUGAAGGAUUACUGGAACCUCCACGACCCCACCGCCCUUAACCUCCGGGCAGGAGACCUCAUUAUGGUCCUGGAGCAGCACUCGGACGGCCGGUGGAAAGGUCACAUCCACGACGCCCAGCUGGGCACCGACCGCGUCGGUUAUUUCCCGCCGUCCGUGGUGGAGGUUCUCAGCAGACGAGCAGGGGGCACUCUCUCCCGCCAGGCGUCAGCGCCUUGCCAACGACAGCACUUUGCAUCCAGAGCACCUCCCUCGAGCCACGGCUCCGCCCCUCAGAGCGAAGACUCGUUCACUGUUGGUUAUGACCACGCAGGUUCUCCUCCCGGCAGUCAGACCUCAGACCCAGCUAGUCCCGCUAGUUCCACUCAGGACAUAUGGGUCCUCAGGAGCUCCCCCUCUGGUGACAGGAACAGCGUGGGCAGUGCUGGCAGCGUGGGCAGCAGUCGCAGCGCCGGUAGUGGUCAGAGUUCAGAAAGCAGCCACAAACAGAACGGGACUCAUAAUCAUAAUAGCAGGCUGUCUCCCUCUGCUGGUGAAUUAGGAGAACAGCUCCAGGCUGCAGGAGCAGACCGCAGCAAACAGGUGGAUGGAACCACAGGUGGAUCUCGGCGGCAGGUCAACGGCGCUCCUCACAAAGGCUUCGUCAGGCCAGACCAGCUUCUGGAGGGCAAGGACUCUGAAGCCAUCUACCAGUGGUUGUGUGAGUUCCAGUUGGAGCAUUACACGUCCAACUUCAUCAGCUCGGGAUACGACGUCCCCACCAUCAGCAGGAUGACGCCAGAGGACUUGACGGCCAUCGGCGUGACCAAACCUGGACACAGGAAGAAGAUCUCCAUGGAGAUCAACAAACUGAGUAUCCCCGAGUGGCUGCCUGAUUAUAUUCCUUCGGACCUCGGUGAGUGGCUGAGUGUCAUCGGACUUCCUCAGUACCAGAAGAGAUUGUCCGACAACGGCUACGACUCCAUCACGAUCGUCAAAGACAUCACGUGGGAGGACCUGCAGGAGAUCGGCAUCACCAAACUCGGUCAUCAGAAGAAGCUCAUGUUAGCGGUGAAGAGACUCUGCGACCUGCAGCGCUCUCGUAACCACAGCGACAGGACCGGGACUUUGAGACGGAACCCAUCCGCCGCUCUGGAGCUGGUGGCCAUCGAACACACACAGACACACAACGUGCACAUACACUUGGACGCCGGGUCGGACCACGGCUGCCCCUCCCCUCGCACCCCCAGAGCCCUGCUCUCCUUCCAGGACAGUGAGCUGAGCACAGAGCUGCAGAAUGCCAUGAUGGGCAGGGCGGGCGGAGGGGGAGCCGUGGAGGAGUUUGGUAUCAGGGGCGUGGCCUCUGCGGCAGGUGGAUCUGCCCUGUCAGACAGUCAGGAUAGCGGUAGUGUGCGGUCGCGUGGCUCAGGGAAUUCUGGGAAUUCCAACUCGGGGUAUUCUCAGGAGCACCAGGCUACGUCGUCGUCGGGCAGAGUGUGCAGCCGGUCUGAGGAGAGUCUGGGGAGUGGAGGAGCGGAGGAGGCCAAGCGUGGAGGCGGUAGUCCUGUAGGCAGAGGGCGCCAGAGACCCACGGAGAUGUGGGAGCACCAGAGUCGCUCUGGGACUCCCAACAAACUGCCGUUCUCUAUGCUCACGCCGCCGCUAACCCCUAGCAAAAUGCCUCGUUUCGCGUAUCCUGCAGUUCCACCCAAGUCCAAACACUAUCAGUCGACCCGCCUCUAUCAGCCACAGCACCCGCCCCCUUCGCCUUCCUCCUCCUCCCCACAGCCCUCUCCCUCACAAAAGGCCUUCAAUUACCUCCAGGCUCCUGCAGGGGGUGGCACCGGGGCUCCGCAGGUGCUCGCAAAGCCUCUGCCUGGAGCUGUCCCUGUGCUGGGGCCUCAUCCUGGACAAGCGCCACCUAAUGACCCUCGGAAGAGCUUGCACAAGAAGAGAGCUCAGAGCCUGACUCGCUACGCUCUGUCCGAUGGCGAGCCAGACGAAGAUGACGAACCCCCUCUGUCCUGCAACUCCUCGUCCUCUGCGGUCAUGCCGUCCUACGCCACAUUGUCCCGCAGGCCAGGACGUGGACAUACCAGCGCCACCGGGGCUCAGCGGAAUGUAAACCGCAGCCACUCUUUCGCCGUGCGCUCCAGGCGCAAAGGCCCGCCUCCGCCGCCACCUAAGAGGAUGAGCUCAGUUAGCGGGAGCCCACCACGCCAGGUGGAAAACGGGAGCGUGGUGGACGCGGCUUUGGAGGCAGAAGUGGACAUGGAGAGCGCAGCAAACGUGAAGAGCAUCGCGGCACGGUUACAAGGAAGUGGCAGCAGUCCAUCGAGGAGGAUCGAUAUUCCACCGACCCAAGUCCCUGCUUCUUCAGAUUUCAGCCCUGUUUCCUCCCCGAGUCCACACAGAAUUCCGUCCCACAUCAUCCUACAGCACAAUAAACCCGUCCCCAUCCUGGGCCUAAGUGGUUUGAGGAGGACAGAGAGUGAAAGGACAGAAGGGGUCGCUAACAGACACAGAAGUGGAAGUUCAGAGGGAACACCUGAAGACAAAGACAGAAAGAGUGAAAGACUACCAAAGAACGCUUCUGCAUCUCCAAAGCGAAACUCUUUUGACCAUCUGCCUUUUGCAGAGGAGGGAAAUCUCACCAUCAAACAACGACCCAGAAUAGCCAUCGUCCCCCAGGCUGAUGCUGAAGCUAAGACGCUGACGGAGGAACGCAUCCAGACACCAAACGGCCUGGACGUACCAGAGUUCAACCUGAAAGAGUCCGACACGGUGAAGAGACGACACAAACCCAAAGACAAGGAAGCAUCAUCACCAGAGGAGGCGUCCACACCAACCAGAGACGGCAACAGUGGAAAUGGACACGAGGAUUUGAGGACACAGUGCGAUGUAGAGCCUCAGAGGAUCAUUUUCCACCGAGUAGGCUCCAUGGGAAAAGGACCGAAGCCGCCUGUCUUGUCAAAACCUUCCAGUCCUCUGAAACAACCUCCGAACUACAAACCAACCCCUCAGGUCGUGGUCGCUCCGGCUCAAUCCACUGCACAAACAUCCAUUCCUAAACUAACCAGCAUUCAGAUCCACACGGUGUCACCAAAGACCUGCUUACCCAGUCCCAAACCUGGGAGACACCCACAGAUGGUGACGUCCAGGCCGCAGAGUCCACUCAAGUCUCCUGGUGUGUCUGGAUCCAGACUCCCUCAGUACAGCACGACUUCGCUUUCAUCAGCAGGACAAAACAUCACUGUGAUCCAGAGUGUCGCGUACGUCGCUCCGCCCUCUCCGGCGCUGGCGCCCUCGUAUUCCACAGGUAAAGCCAUAUCAGCUCCAAUGGGAGUGGCCGGUCUAGAGGUUUUGGCUCAGAAGAGGCUGGAACAGACCAGCACGUCACUGGAGGCUGCACUCAAAGUGGUGGAGAACAAACUGGCUCAGGGGAACGGCAUGGACAGUGGCAGUGGCGGCGGGAGUUCGGUGAAGGCGGCGGGAAACAUUCUGGACGACAUCAGCAACAUGUUUGACGAUCUUGCCGAUCAGCUGGACGCCAUGUUGGAGUGAAUUUAAAAACAAACAAACAUCGGAAUCAGAGAUGAGUGGUAAGAAAGAUCGGAGACUUUAAAUCACACAUCUGAGGAUUUUUUCUGCAGAACUUUUCCUUUAUUAUAAUUAUUAUUACUUAAUUUUAUUAUUGUUUUUUUCCCGACUUGAGCACUUUGCCAUAGGACACACACCUGGGGACAUUACCAUAGCAACCACAAGUGUGUGUGUGUGUCUGUCUGUCUGUCUGUCUGUCUGUCUGUCCACAUCAUUAUCACUAAAGGGAAUAAAGGGUCCAUUUAAUUCAUGUUAUAUGUAAAUGUUUGAGUGUCAGAAAUCUUCAUUCUGAGAAUAUUUAUACGAGUGUUUGUUUAUUUUGAAACGUCGAUGGGUUCAAACAUUGGCGUGACCGCAUUCCCGUCUUAUCUUAUUGUUUAAAAAACGCAAGGGGAAAUUUUUAGUUGUUUUAUUGUAUUGUAAGAAAUAUUCAUAUUCUAUAUAAAAUGAGGCAGUUUUUUUUUUUUUUUUUUUACCAAAGUCUUUAAAUUGUCUUCAGCAGCACAAACGAGACGUUUUCUGUCUUUAAAAAAAGUGGAAUAUUUACUGUUUUUAUAAAAAGGUCGCAACUGUGUGUCAUGUGCCAUUUAAAGUUAGUUUUUUAAUAAAAGAUAAAACAUAUUGUACAUUUAAAGAAUAAAAAAUGAUGCAAAAAGUCAAAAAAUUCCAAUUUAUAUUUUUUACUUUAUCUGUAAAUUAAUUCACAAGUAAUUUUUGAAAUGGAAUAUUUAACAAAAAGAAGGUUGAUUUUAAUGCCUGCUUUCACAUAAUGUUCAGAUUAUCAUCAGCGAAUAAUUUUGUAAUUAUUUACCAAAUCAAAGAAGGACAUUGUAAGGUGGUGGAGUCUCACGGCUACAUGUCGCUAGCGUGACGCUAUCGCUAACUCAUUCACAGCCAAGCGAGCGACUUAGGUGCUAAAAUAGUGGGUGGAGUCCAACAGAGAAGGCAAGUGGGAGGAGCUAAGUGGUUAGCAUCCCUGAGGAAGCCUGAAGUUGCUCCUUCAAAAUAAAAGUUCUAAAAAUGAAACAUGAUUCAGACACAAAAUGAACAAAAUAGGUACAUUUGACACAUUAAAUGUUUUCAUAAUUUGUUGCUACAUCCGUUUGCUUUUAUUCACGUUAACGACACAAAAAUACGAGAAGGUGCUUUUGUUUGUGAGGUCGGUUUAAUCCUUAUUAACUUUAACUGACGGAAGACUCAGUCGUACUGUAACAUAAAACCAGGGAAUUAGCCUGUUUUUACGAUGAUUUUAUUGAUGUCGCGACAACGCAAGACAUUUUUAGUUUUAGCACUGUUUUUGUUCCUCUGUUCAGUUUUGACGACGCCUGUUACUUUUAUUAUUAUUAUUGAUAAUAAAACUGAGACUCUAUAUCAUUCUGGACAUUUAUUAAAAAGAGAAUUUAUUAUAAUGAACAAGUGUCUGUUUUUAUUCAAAUCACUUUUUAAAUUUGGGUUUAAAUAAUGUUUUUGGAUGAAUGACACUAAGUUUUUAUUUCAUUUGAUUGAGUGCCUGAAAUUUGUAUUCUUGUAAAUGGCCACAAGGUGGAGACAAAACUGAUUUGUGUGCAAGUCCUGUAAGAAAAUACGUUUCUACUUUUCUUUGUCAGUAAAACUUUGCACAUUUUUGAGAGGUCACACAUUUG